AAGUAUCAAUGACAGCGAGCUAGCUAACUUCACAUCACACCACUCCUAGCUGACCUCCGCUCCCAAGAUGGCUGGUGUGAGAGCCCUAGGUGUUCUUUACAGAUUGCUACCAAGGAGAUAUCCUCUCUACACAGGCACUACGUUUCGCACCUUCUCAGUAGUGCCAGCAAUGCAAGCCCGCACUCAUGUGAACUACGAAGUCAAGGACAAUGUUGCUGUGGUACGGAUUAACGACCCAAACUCCAAGGUGAACACACUGUCAGUUCGAAUGCAAACUGAGUUUGCAGAAGUAAUGAAUGAACUGCUGGCAGACAACGCUGUUCACAGUGCUGUCCUUAUCUCCUCAAAGCCGGGUUGCUUCAUUGCCGGAGCUGAUAUUAACAUGAUCGAGGCCUGCAAGACUGCAGAAGAGGUCACCAACCUGUCUCAGGAAGGGCAGAAGAUGUUUGACCUGAUAGAAAAAUCUCCUAAACCCGUUGUUGCUGCCAUCAACGGCUCUUGCCUAGGAGGAGGCCUAGAGUUUGCCAUUGCCUGCCAGUACAGAAUUGCAACCAAGAGCAAGAAAACAGUUCUUGCAACUCCUGAAGUAAUGCUGGGUCUUCUACCUGGAGCUGGUGGUACUCAGAGGCUCCCCAAAAUGCUUGGUCUGCCCGCUGCCUUUGACAUGAUGCUGACAGGAAGAAAUAUUCGAGCAGAUAAAGCCAAGAAGAUGGGGCUCGUUGACCAACUUGUAGACCCUCUUGGACCUGGGCUGAAAAGUCCAGAGGAAAGAACAAUAGACUACCUCGAAGAAGUUGCCAUUGAAUGUGCCAAAGGGAUCGUCAAUAAGAAGAUCAAGCUCCGCAAAGAGAAAGGCAUGAUGCAGAAAAUUCAGGACUACGUGAUGAGUUUUCCAAUUGUACGGAAUCAAAUUUACAAAACUGUCCACAAUAAAGUUAUGAAGCAGAGCAAGGGACUUUAUCCUGCACCCCUGAAAAUAAUUGAAUGUGUGAAGACUGGAGUUGAACAAGGCCCCAUUGCUGGAUACUUAGUCGAGUCUCAGAAUUUUGGUCAGUUGGCAAAAACCUCAGAAUCGGCAGCCUUGAUUGGUCUCUAUCACGGUCAAGUUACAUGCAAGAAGAACCGCUUUGGAACUCCUCAAAGAGAAGUGAAGACACUUGGCAUCUUGGGAGCCGGCCUGAUGGGGGCAGGUAUCGCUCAGGUGACUGUGGACAAAGGUGUGCACACAAUCCUAAAGGACACUACUGAGGCUGGACUGGCCAGGGGAGAACAGCAGGUUUACAAAGGACUCAACGACAAGACCAAAAAGAAGGCCAUCACGUCAUUUCAGAGAGACUCCAUACUGUCCAACUUGACGGGAAAGCUGGAUUACAGUGGCUUUGAGAAGGCCGACAUGGUUAUUGAAGCUGUGUUUGAAGACAUUAACAUCAAGCAUGCAGUCCUGAAGGAGGUGGAAGCUGUGGUUCCCCCUCACUGCAUAUUUGCCACCAACACAUCUGCUCUGCCCAUCAAGGAUAUCGCUGCUGCCAGCAAGAGACCAGACAAGGUAAUUGGAAUGCACUACUUCUCUCCAGUGGACAAGAUGCAGCUCCUUGAGAUAAUAACCACUGAUCAGACAUCAAAGGACACCACAGCCUCAGCCGUGGCUGUGGGCCUGAAGCAGGGCAAAGUCAUCGUAGUUGUCGGGGAUGGACCUGGAUUCUACACGACAAGGUGUCUGGCUCCCAUGUUAGCUGAAGCAGUAAGAGUACUUCAGGAAGGAGUUGACCCCAAGAAGUUAGAUUCACUCACCACAGGCUUUGGGUUCCCUGUGGGUGCAGCCACACUGGCUGAUGAAGUCGGUAUCGACGUCGCCGCCCACGUGGCCGAGGACCUGGGCAAAGCUUUCGGCUCCCGCUUUGGUGGCGGAAAUGUCGAGGUUCUGAAGACCAUGGUGGACCUGGGAUUCAAGGGCCGCAAGUCAGGAAAAGGUUGCUACAUCUAUCAGCCAGGACUUAAGGUCAAAGAGGUAAACCCAGAGAUUGGAGACGUCCUUGCGAGAUACAAGAUGACACCAAAUCCUGCUGUCUCUUCAGACUCUGACGUGCAGUACAGACUCGUUUCUCGAUUCGUCAACGAGGCCGUGCUGUGUUUGCAAGAUGGCAUUUUGAACAGCCCGUUGGAAGGAGACAUCGGGGCUGUGUUUGGCCUGGGAUUCCCCCCUUGCCUCGGAGGUCCUUUCCGUUUCGUGGACUCCUUUGGUGCCGACAAGCUGGUGGAGAAGAUGAGGCAGUACGAAGCCGUGUACGGGAACCAGUUCACGCCGUGCCAGCUCCUACUGGAUCACGCAAAGGAUCCAAGCAAGAAAUUUCACAAGUGACCGACCCACCGCGUGUGCCAGUAGCUUCGAAUAAGACCCCAGCCUGCCGCUAGAAUGUGCCUAACAGUUAUACUAUAUAGUUCAUGAGGCUCACCUAGCUAACUCUAAUGCAACAAUCCUGCAGUAAAUCCUCCCUUUAUGAAGGUUGUAAUGUUCAGUUUUAUAUGCAGUAUAUAGAGAGGAUGCAGCCUACAAUAUUGAGGCUACAGUCACUGAUUUGGACAAAAGCCUCAACAAAAUGAGCAUUGCAACCUUCAUGGAGGAUGUCUUGCAGGACAGCUGUGUGAGACUGCAUUAUCUUUGGCCAGGUGUACCUAAUAAACUGGCAACUGAAGGUGUGAUAUCAGCAGAACAGAAUGACUUCUUUUGUACUUUCACAUUAUGGAUUGACUUGAUGAUGUAUAGAUUAAGCAGCAGGGUAAUUAUUCACACACUGCGGAUGUAAAGAUAGUGUAGAGGCAGAAGAAUUUAAGUAUUUCCAGCCGGCAGAUUCACUCUUUCAUCACCGAUGAAUGUCCACCGACUUGUUCCGCGAGUGUCUUCUUCUUUUGUACAUGAGAGACUGUCGGGCCCGGUUUGAAAUGUGAUGUACAUGUGAAUCCUCAAUAAAAAUUUUGUUAUUGAA